AAUUGCUAUUAACAAAAACCGCAUAAAGAGACACCACAACAACUAUCUUUCCUCCUCUUUCAUUUCACUUCCCUCAACGCAAACUUUGCAGACUUUCCGAGGAUUAAAACAAAAAGAAAAAAACUGUAACUAAAAAAGGAGAAAUUUGCGGUAAUUCUUUUGUGAAAUUGGAUUCCGUUUCUUCACCGUCAAUUCUCUAGAAAACAUUCCUUUCAUAUCCCUUCUUUUUCUUCUUCUAUGCUCUGAUCAGACAAGAUAACAUCAUAACAAAACCAAAACUAAGAAAGGCUCUUCUUGCUGGCUGUAAAAAAAACCUGAGAUAAAAAAAACCCGUGUUCUCUCUCACAAUGGAUGCUACAAGGAGUGGAGGAACUCCAGGUUUACAGUAUCAUAACUUACCAGAGCAACCGGUUGCUUCUCCUCCACCUCCUCUUGUGACUCCAUUUCAGAGACAAAAACGUCAUUGCUUUGGAGAAGACUCAACUCCUGGAGAGUUUCCUUUAGCAGCUAGCCCUUCCAUUGUCCUUCAUGUUCUCACUGAAUGUAGAUUAGAUCCUCAUGACCUCGCCAAUCUUGAGGCAACAUGCUCCUUCUUUAGCCAGCCAGCAAACUUUGCACCGGACUGUAGUCUAUCCCUACCGGAGCUCGCUGCUCUCGACAUGUGUAAUAAAAGGACGGUUUUCAAGCCGAUGAAGGAACAAGAGCGUGAAGAAACGAAACGUAGAUGCGGAGGAUCAUGGAAACUGGUGCUUAGGUUCUUGCUGGCUGGUGAAGCGUGUUGUAGAAGAGAGAAAUCUCAAGCUAUCGCUGGUCCUGGUCACAGCAUUGCCGUCACAUCCAAAGGACAAGUCUACACCUUCGGUUAUAAUAACUCUGGACAGCUAGGACAUGGCCAUACCGACGAAGAACCUCGGAUUUUGCCCAUCAGAUCGUUGCAGGGAAUCAGAAUCAUCCAAGCAGCAGCUGGAGCUGGUCGGACGAUGCUGAUAAGCGACGAUGGGAGUGUUUACGCUUGUGGGAAAGAUUUGUUCGGUGAAGCUGAGUACGUCGGAGGAGGGCAAGGGAGCAGCAGACCGGUUACAACAACUCCUCGGCUCGUGACAUCUUUAAAGAACAUCUUCGUUGUGCAAGCAGCUAUCGGCAACUUCUUCACGGCUGUUUUGUCCAGAGAAGGAAAGGUUUAUACGUUCUCGUGGGGUAAUGACAGUAGGCUCGGUCACCAGACCGAGGCUAAUGAUCUCGAGCCACGUCCUUUGUUAGGUCCGCUAGAGAAUGUACCUGUUGUUCAGAUUGCUGCUGGUUAUUGCUACCUUCUUGCCUUAGCUUGUCAACCAAAUGGCAUGUCGGUUUAUUCGGUUGGAUGCGGUUUAGGAGGCAAGCUUGGUCACGGGUCGAAAACCGAUGAGAAGCAUCCUCGGGUUAUUGAGCAGUUUAAGGUAUUGAAUCUGCAGCCUAGGGUGGUCGCAGCGGGUGCUUGGCAUGCGGCGGUGGUUGGUCAAGAUGGAAGAGUGUGCACUUGGGGUUGGGGAAGAUACGGCUGCUUAGGACACGGUAACGAGGAGUGUGAGUCAGUGCCUAAAGUUGUUGAAGGGCUAAGCCGUGUUAAGGCGGUUCACGUCGCGACGGGAGAUUACACUACUUUCGUGGUCUCGGAAGAUGGCGAUGUGUACUCUUUCGGUUGUGGUGAAUCUGCUAGUCUCGGCCACCAUCCAGUCCUUGAUGAACAGGGUAGUAGAAAUGGGAAUGUGCUGAGUCCAGCGGUGGUAACAUCGCUGAAACAAGCGAAGGAGCGGGUGGUUCAGAUUAGUCUAACGAACUCGAUAUAUUGGAACGCUCAUACCUUUGCGCUCACGGAAUCGGGGAAGCUGUUCGCGUUUGGUGCGGGUGAUAAGGGUCAGCUUGGAGCAGAGCUUGGUCGUGACCAGACAGAAAGGUGUUUACCUGAGAAAGUAGAUAUCGACCUCAGUUAGCGGUUGGGCAAUUUGUUGCCAGGAAAUUUGCGUUUGACAUCAGGAAAACGCUAGGAAAUUGCGUUUUACUUUGUUAUAUAGUUCUUAAGACUUUGGAUGGUUGUACAAAUGGGGUGGGGGGGACAUAAGUUAAGAACUUGUCUUAACAUUUUCAUUGUAUAGGCUUUUUAAGGUUUAUUCUAACUGUUCGUGGGUCAUGUUUUAGGUUAUCUUGUUAAUAAUUGUCGAAUAAUUUCAGUUAGUCCGUUUAUUGCAAGUUCAGUUUAUAUCUU